AUGGAGAAGGAGGUUAUUCAGGGAAUUCUGGAAGGCACAAUGUUGUGCCCAAAAUUGCCGGACUUCCUGAAGAGAAUUUGUGAUGCUCAAGCCUAUAGGAAGAUACAGAACACCAUUACGGCACAGAGUUCAAGAUUUACCCGCAAUUCCAAACCAGAAAACGACUGA